AUGGGAAACAAAGAGGGCUGUGACGGAGCAAAACAGAUUAUUAUGAAUCUAAUUUCUGAGGUAUUUGAGGUGUUCGAAAUACAUAAGGUUAUGAGUGGCGUAGUGAUUGGCAAAGGAGGAUCUAAAGUCAAACAGAUUCAGUCGGAAACAGGAGUAACAGUUAAUAUUGGGUCUUGGGACUCAGCAGUUGAUGGUAUGAUCAAGGUUACCCUGAAGGGAGACAAAGAGGGCCGUGACGAAGCCAAGAAUAUUAUCUUGGAAUUAAUUUCUGAGCAAAGUGAGGUGUUUGAAAUACAUAAUGAUAUGAGUGGCGUAGUGAUUGGCAAAGGAGGAUCUAAAGUCAAACAGAUACAGUCGGAAACAGGAGUUAGAGUUUAUGUUGGGUCUAUUAAUUCAGCAUUUGAUGGUAUGACGAAGGUCGUCCUAAGGGGAAACAAAGAAGGAUAUGACGAAGCGAAAAGGAUUAUCAUGGAACUAAUUUCUGAGCCAGUUGAGGUGUUCAAAAUACCUGAGUAUAUGAUCGGCGUAGUGAAGGGUCAACAAGGAUCUAAAAUCCAGGAAAUUCAGUCCGAAACAGGAGUUAGAGUUAUUGUUGGGUUUUGGGACCCAGCAAUUGAUGGUAUGAUCAAGGUUACACUGAUGGGAAACAAAGAUAGCUGUGAAGAAGCAAAGAAAAUUAUCUUGGAUUUAAUAUCUGAGCCAACUGAGGUGUUCGAAAUUUCAAAGAAUAUGAUUGGUGUAGUGAUUGGUAAAGGAGGAUCUAAAGUCAGAGAGAUUGAGUCUAAAACAGGAGUUACACAAGCCAGGAUCGAUGUUGAGCCAACGGAGGUAUUCGAAAUAUCCGAGAAUAAGUGUGGUCUUGUGAUCGGUAAAGGAGGAUCUAAAAUACAGGAGAUUCGGUCCAACGCAGGAGUUGAUGUUAAUCUUGGGGAUAGGGUCUCAGCAGUUGAUGGUAUGAUGAAGGUUUAUCUGUGGGGAGAUAAAGAGGGCUGUGACAAAGCCAAGAAGAUUAUUAUGAAUCUAAUUUCUGAGCAAAGCUUGUCCGCCGUGGCUAAAACAGGAGUAAGAGUUAGUGUUGGAUCUAGGGACUCAACAGUUGGUGGUCUGAUCAAGGUUACCUUGAAGGGACACAAAGAGGGCUGUGACGAAGCAAAAAAGAUUAUUAUGAAUCUAAUUUCUAAGUUAACUGAGGAGUUCGAAAUACCCGAGGAUAUGAGUGGCGUAGUGAUAGGCAAAGGAGGAUCUAAAAUCAAAGAGAUUAAGUCCAAUACAGGAGUUGAUGUUAUUGUUGGGUCUAGGGAUUCUGCAGUUGAUGGCAUGAUCAAGGUUACCUUAAUGGGAAACAAAGAGGGCUGUGACGAUGCAAAGAAAAUUAUUAUGGAUCUAAUUUGUGAGCCAACUGAGGUGUUCGAAAUACCCGCGGAUAAGAGUGGCGUAGUGAUCGGUAAACAGGGAUCUCAAAUCCAGGAAAUUCGGGAAUUAGGAGUUGGAGUGUAUGUUGGACCUAUGGACUCAGCAGUAGAUGGUAUGAUCAAGAUUUCUCUGAGAGGAAACAAGGAGAAGUGUGACCACGCAAAGGAUUUCAUCAUGGAGCUGAUCUCUGAUCUCUGUGAACUAGAGGAGUCGGAUGGGCCGUUCAGUGAUGGGGCAUGCAGUGAUUGGUAACAAGAGACUAAACCUCAUGUAGCCACCCCGAGUAAGGGUGUUCGAGUUGACAGAACAUUAUGUGUAUAAUC